AUGAUGAACUUCGCCAUGCCACUGUCCGUGCCCGCACGUAAAACGGAGCAAAGGGGUGCCCGCACACCCAGCUCAACUCUUCUGCGUUGCCCUGCUGGCCUGCAGGAGGGCGAGGCGAGAGGCACCCAGUACCAUGCUCUCAUGUCGGCUCUGGAAAGAGUCCAGCAGCUCUUAGUGCAAGCGCUGACUGGCGGGGCUACCCAAGCCCGCGCGAGCAUCACCGGGGACCAGGUGCUGGCAAACCUUCCUGUUUUGGUGGCUCUGUCUGAGGAGCGCUUGCAGCAAUUUGGCGCCUGGUAUCAGAGCGCCCCGGCACCCUCCACUUUUCCCAAACCCAAACGGGGCCGACCACGAAAGACGUGCGCCGAGGCUACGUCCAGCCCUCUGGGAUCCCCGUCAACCCCAGCGUCUGGCAUCUUCGGCUACAACUUAGAGCCAACGCCCAAACGCCCAAAGUCAGUGUCGGUCAUGCAGACUCCCUUCACCCUGGCGGCAAAGGGCGCUCGGGCUAUUCAAAAAAAGUCUCGAGCAAAGCAAGCCGCCUCGAGUGGCGGAUCGGUCACAAGCCUCCAGGACCACGAGGAGGAGUCGGACGUUGUUGGUUUGGCCGAGAUUGACGAGGAAGCAGAGGAGGCUCAGCUCAUGAAAGACUACCACGCAAACACCGUUGUCAUGUACCAAGAUCGCCACCAAUUCAAGCCAGAACUGGUUUUGGCCCUUGCUGACCCUUGUGCGCGAUCCUUUGGUCUAAUGGGCGUGGAUGCAAGCGGCAUCACUAUGCUAUCUUAUGCCUUGGAGUGGUUUCUUCGUCACACCUUGGACAUUGUGAGCAAACUUUUGCGCAAAGACUACCAGUACAUUGCGUCCGACGCCCACGUGGAAGUGGAACCAAGCAGCGAUGCCCUGCAUGGCCUGGCUCUGUGGGCCAAAGCGAGCAUACACAACAAGACGACACCAAAACCACCACCUGCCUUGUUGCCCGAGCCGGUGACCAGAGAGGGCCAUAACGAGGAAAUUUUGCCCGCCACACGGCGCACGCAGAUUGUGGUGGCUGACAUUUUAGCCGCAGCGCGGCUCAGUCGCUUGUUUCCGCGGUACGGUAUGAUGUGGUUGACCCAGGAGGAAGACCUCUCAGACCACACCGCUUUCUGAAUCUGGAUCGCCCCUGCAGCAGGCGCCGCUUAGAAUUGUUGGUCCGUGCCCUGCCUGACACGAGAGACUAGUCUAGACCGAUUGAUCGACUGUUUGAGGAAGUUUUCUCCCUAACACCCUGCG